CGUACGUACAUCCUCUUUCGAUAGCAGAUUUACCAGCUCGUUUCCCUUAUUCAUCCCCUCCGAAUUAGCGGACGGAUUCUUGAGUUUAGUCUUCUCCAACACUAAAACCUUAGACACGUGGAGCCUGAGCAUUGCUGCCAUGCGGGUGAUUCUGUUGUUCGCCGUGACAGUGCUCUCUCUGUGCCCGGAUGCAGUGAGCGGAGUCGAGAAGAAAAAGCUGCAGAUCGGCAUCAAGAAGCGAGUGGACAACUGCCCCAUCAAGUCCCGCAAAGGAGAUGUGCUGAACAUGCACUACACGGGCAAGCUGGAGGACGGCACGGAGUUUGACAGUAGUAUUCCCCGCGACAGGCCCUUCACCUUCACCCUGGCCACCGGGCAGGUGAUCAAAGGUUGGGACCAAGGCCUGCUGGGCAUGUGCGAGGGCGAGAAGAGGAAGCUGGUCAUCCCCUCUGAGCUGGGUUACGGAGACAGGGGAGCUCCCCCAAAGAUCCCCGGAGGAGCAACGCUCAUCUUCGAAGUGGAGCUGCUCAGCAUCGAGAGGAGAUCCGAGCUUUGAUGACGAGGAGAUGGCAAAGAAGUCAACUUUCGAAACGUUCCAGGAGCUGCUGCAGCAUUACGUGGAGAUGAUCUGACCUCUGACUGAUUGAUGAAGAACUACAUGGAAAAUCUGGGUGUAGAGUUGGCAACCCCCGGAAGAGCCACUGUCUUCCUUUCACUAGCUUUGCCUAUUGUGAUCUGAUUUAUUGGUCUGAAGUUAUUAUGAUACAAGAAGUGAUGUAUGUCCUAAACAACUGGCAAUGAGCAGCUAAAUCCAGAAUUUCAACGAGGAUUGAUAAUAAAGCUAUGGCCUGCCAUUUUUUUGUCUCUGAUUUGUAAGCCGGUUCAUACAUAUUUGUACGUUCUUUUCAUAAAAUAAUUUAGGUCGUUAUUCAUUCAUUCCAUUCAUUUAGGGAUGGAUUAGGAUAAAUGUUUUUGUUUACUUUUUAAGUAUUUGAAUUAUGAUAAUAAAAUGUUGAAUUUACGGGGAA